GAUGGUAAGUGUACAACGCUCCUUGCUGUUUCUUGAGACUUAUUAUGGUAAAGAUUUUAAAUUGGCUGAAAAAAAGCUGUGUCUAGAGAAACAUAUGCAGAUAAUCUGGCCAUGUAAUAAUCUAAAAGUUUGGAAAAUUCAUGAGAGAAGUUUGUUUUGGAUAACUGGUAUUUUGAUGCCUACAAUUGGUUUUUUGGGCCUUCUACUUAGCUUAACAAUUGCUUUUGUCUUUUUCAAAAUGAGAAAAAGUAAGGCCACAACGGCCUUCGUGGUGGCAUUGGCUUUUUCAGAUAUUGGUGUUCUGAUAGUGGGAGGAAUUAUGAAUAUUUUUCGUGCUGGUAUUCACUAUGAAGCGCAGGAGGUUAUUAAGUCCUACAAAUUAAUGGUUAUCAACGUAUAUUUUAUAUCAUCAUCCCUACUCGUGUUUCAGUCUUGUACCGUAAACAUUAUGGUGUCUUUGUCCGUAUUUCGUUACUUGGCUAUAAGAUUUCCUCUAAAAGCUUACAGACUCUGCUCAAGACGUAGAGCACUCGUAACUAUCCUCAUAUCUGUAUGCCUUGCGGUCUUAUUUACAGGAUCUCAAUUUAAUAGUUUUAAAAUUGCAAAGAUAUGUAUACGUAUAUCGAAAGACAAGUGUGUUCAAAGUGUUUAUCAGUAUGUUUUAAAUAUCACGAAAUUUUGGGUCGAUUUUCAAUAUUAUCUAGCAUUAGUAGUUGUAAAUUUUCUGCCUUGGUUAACGCUGGUAGUCUCCAGCAUCCUGUUGACAGUGGAAAUUAAGAAAUCAACGAACGCUAUUUCGAGAAUAGGAAAAGCUUCAUCUGACGAUAUCAACAAAAAGAGAAAGCAAGAAAGACGUAUAAGCAAAAUGUUCCUACUAGUUAUAGCUAUGACAUCAUUACUCUAUCUACCUCAAGUCGUAUAUGUACUAGUUUCUCUGAUUGACAAAAAAUUGGCUGCCUAUCAUCCAUACCUUCUAAUAUUUAGCUACAUUUCCAAUGGUUUAGUGGUUGUGAAUUCGACAAUUAAUUUCUUUCUAUACCUAGCAGUAAACAAGCAGUUUCGUCAAGAUUUAAUGGCAAUUUUAUGCCGCGCGAGACUGCGCAGAGACCAGACGUCUCCAAGAACAACAAAAACGCAAUUGAGAAGUAUAGCUAGUGUAUCAUCUUCACUUGAAAGUAAAAAUAUCUCUUAA